UUCAUCACAGAAUUAAUAAUUUGCACCAAAUUUCAUCUAUUUAUACACAUGCAUGCAUUUCAACUUCCAAUGAAACUCACCCUCUUCUCUCUCUCUCUCUCUAUAAAUUCCAGACCUUACUCCACGAUCGCCAUCAGUCAGUGCUGCCGCAGUACAAGUUUCAGUACAUAUGGUGACGAUGAUGAUGAUACGUUGCUCCGCUGCUCUCUCCAGGCUCCGCGCAGGCCUCACGGAGUGUCACUUUAGGCUUAUCUUCGUCGUCGUGGAGAAACUUGCUCUUACUCUGGCUAUUAGCAUUUUCGCUCUAGGAGGAGCUGCAAUUGGAGCCAUUACAGGGGCGGUGAGAGGCAACACAACGGAGACAGGGCUCCUGCGCGGCUUCGGCGUCGGAGCAGUGGCCGGAGCCAUUACAGGCGUUCGACUGUGGGAUCUCGUAUCAAGUGGAGAGCCAUUUUCCAAGGUUGCAGUAAUAUGCAGUGUAUUGAAUGGGAAGAUAUUCGUGGAAUGGAUGAAUCCCGCAAUUCUAAAACCUUAUCAAUGGCAAUGGCAGCCACAGGUCACCACGACAAACCCAAGUUUCAUGGAAAUUCCAGAGAUUUUCGAAGCCAAUGCUGUAAGGAGAUUACGCCAUAGUUCGAUCAAUGAGCUUCCUGUUUAUGUCUUCUGUUCUGAUACUAAGACAAGAAGUAGCACACGGUUUACAGAAACCACUUGUGCAAUUUGCUUACAGGAUUUGGAGAAUGGAGAACAUGCUAGGAUUCUGCCUACUUGCCGGCAUUUCUUUCACCGGGCCUGCAUCGAUGAAUGGCUCAUGCAGCAAGCAACGUGCCCAGUGUGCCGAAGAGACGUUUGAUAAUGGUAAUAAGAUAGAUAUAUAGUCUCUAUAUCAUUAAAAAGCAUAGGAUUGCAAUAUGGUUGAUCAAGAAUUUUAAGAAACUCCCUUCCAAUUAAAAUGUAAUUAAU